GUCCCAGCGCGGCACCGUUACGCCAUGGCAGGCGAGGACGGAGGUAAGGGAGGAAAGGGAGGAAAAGGAGGAAAAGGAACAGCCUCAGACAAGAAGAAACGCGCGCCGCAGUCACGAUCAUCUCGUGCUGGCUUGCAGUUUCCCGUUGGUCGUAUCCACAGACAUCUCAAGACGCGCAUCGCUCGUCAUGGCCGUGUGGGAGCGACUUCAGCUGUGUACAUGGCAGCCAUCUGCGAGUAUCUCUGCGCUGAGGUGCUGGAGCUCGCAGGAAACGCUUCCCGUGACUUGCGCGUGAAACGUAUCACUCCUCGCCAUCUUCAGCUGGCCAUUCGCGGAGAUGAAGAGUUGGAUACUCUGAUCAAGGCCACCAUCGCUGGCGGAGGAGUCAUCCCCCACAUUCACAAGUCCCUCAUCAACAAGGGGCCCAAGGCGAAGAAGUCAAAGGCCACCAAGGCCCCUUAAAGUCCGGUCGAGUCACACGAUGUCACUUCUGCCUCAAGCUGCAGACGGUGGACGUUCCUAGCUCGCCCUAUCUGGCGUCACUCUGGUGGAUGUGGAGUGUGGUGGAGAUCAGGAUGCAAGGAAGCGGGAGGAAUGUUCUUGUUGAGCAAAUGAAAGUUGAGAGUAGGAGAGAAGAGAAGCAACAAGUUUAUCUACAUAAUCUCAUCGAGAAACAAUAGACUGAGUGACCUUCUC